AUGUUUAAAAAAAAAUACAACACACGUUCUCAAAGAGAAGAAAAAGACCAAGAAUACAAUACUUCUAACCUUACAGAAUCCUCGGAUAUAAAUGAUGCUAAAUUAUCUGAAAAUUGCCAAGAAUUUAAUAAUUUUGAUUCUCCACUCCUCAAUUUACUUCAAUUAGCUUUUGAAUCUAAAAACCAGCUUGAAACCUCAAAUAAAUGUUUCCAAAGUAAAACAAAUAAGAAUAAUAGGCAGAUUCUUCCUGAUCAAUCAUUAAAAGUUCCAAAUAUAGAAAUAUUAACAAAUAAUGUUAAAUCUAAUUCACAACUAUCGAAUAUUAAACAACUUGCAAAAUCUUUAAGUCACCACUCUGACCAACAACAAAAAAAACAUGGUCAAUAUUUGAGUGAUAAAUUAUUGUCAAAAUUUGAAUGGAAUGAGUUAGAUGAAUUAAUAUUGCUUUUGUUACCCUUUGCACAAUCAACAAAAUUAAUUGGUGGCACACAAUACCCCACUCUUGGUAUGAUGCUUCCUACUAUUUCACUACUAACCUUACAUUUGUGUCAUAUAAAAAGAUCUCUUAAAUCAUCUGAAAUUCUAAAUGUUUGCCAAUUAAUUGAAAAUUCUAUCUUUGCUUGUUGGGAAUCACCAUUAAUGGAGGCUUAUAUAGCUUCUUAUUUAGAUCCCAGUUCAAAAAUUUAUCUUUUACAAAUAGUGAAAAAAAAAGAAGUUUUAGAUGUAUUAUCCAAAAUAAUAAAAACAAAUAAUACUUCUAUUAACACUCCAGCAAAAACUGAAAUGAAUCGGUUUUUUGAUUAUGUUGUUAAUGAUGAGUUAGAACGAUAUGAAAAAGUAACUCAAAUGAACAAGUUGCUUGGAUCAGGCUUUACUAAAAUCAAUGUGGUUCCUAGUCAUACGGACCAAACUACUAAGUAUGUUCUUUCUAUUGAUGGAGGAGGGAUUCGAGGUUUAAUUCCAGCUUUAAUACUUGAAGAAAUUGAGACACAAGUGACGGAGAAAGUGAAAGCACGCAUUAACAAGCAAGAAGUGGAUGUUAGAAUCGCCGAUUUAUUUGAUUUCGUGUCUGGCACAUCAACAGGCUCUAUAAUUGCCUUAGGACUCGUAGUUUCGGACGAGAACAAUCGUCCCAAGCUUAAAGCAAGUCAAAUUGUAAAGAUCUAUAGAACAGAAGGAAAUAAGAUUUUUUCGAAAGGAUUUCUGUCAAAAUUUCUUCCUGUACCUUUGCUAUUUCUAUAUGAUCCUAGCGGCAUUGAAGAAUUAUUACGUACAAACUUUGGAGAUAAAAAAAUCAUCGAUAGUGAUAUUGUAAAUGGCAUCAAAGUGCUUAUUCCAUCUUUCAAUAUCACUCAUAAUAAGCGUGCUUUUUUUACCAAUUAUAUCCUUCCCAAGGAUGAGAAUGAAAAGCCGGCACAGGAUGAGCGUGAACAGAAGAAUCGGGAACGGAACUAUGCGAAAAAAGAAGCCUACAUGCGAGAUGCAAUAAGAGCCAGUACAGCUGCACCCGUCUACUUUCCCAGUGCGCGUAUAGAGAUUGAAAAUGGUGUAGUAGAGGAGUUUAUAGAUGGCGGUGUUGUUAUGAAUAAUCCAUCAACUAAAGCUUAUACCGAUUCAAAAAGAUAUUUCGAACGUGAAAAUCCAAAUCAUAAAAUUGUAAUGUGCUCUUUUAGCACGGGGUAUUUCAAAGAGUUACCAAAAAGUCUAGGAAAUUCUACCUAUCGGUGGGUAAAACCAAUUAUUUCUCUUACGAUGACAGAAGAAGGUAUAUCGAAUAAUAAUAUUAUGCAAUCCAUAUCGAAACUUGAUAAAAAAAAUUUAACUUACCAUCGAUUCACUACGCAACUCAAUCGGAGGAUCGAGUUAGAUUCAAUGCAAACUAAAGAUAUAGAAGAAUUGGAAAAUGCGGCUAAAAAAAUUAUGCAAGAGAAAGAGUUUUCUGAUUUAGUAGAUGAUCUUUCAAAUCACUAUAUUGCAAAAAUGCCAAAAAUAAAAGAUAAUCAAAAGUAG